UAAAAAUUGCCAAACUUUUGUCACUCGAGCCAUGCAUGGUUUUCGAUGGAAGUUUUGGAGCAAUUUUGAAAAUAUUGUUCAUUUAUAAUUGUUAAAUUAAUAGUUUUAAAUAGUUUGUAUGUAAAGAUGAUCUAUUCAACAUUUUAAAUAAUACAUGUAACUCACCAGUCACGACAAAUACAGGAAAAAACAGUUGUCACUUCUCCAAAUACCUAAUUAUAGAAGCAUAUUUUUCAAAUAAUGAAGCAAAUUUAUAUAAAGGUUAUGCAUUUAAUCCGUAUACAGGGCCUUUAAAAAACAAUUUUUAUUCAUUCAGUACUAGUCUAAAAAUUAUAAAUGGAAAAAAAAAGAUUUUGUUUUGUGUCACUAGAAUUGUCGUCAUUACCGCAACUUAAUUAAUAUUUUUUUCCAGUGGUAUAUAUGGUUUAUUGUAACCUUUGUUUUAUGACGUAUGCAAAAGCUUGUUUGGGCGCGAACGUUUUAACAACAGACGAGGCCGCGAAUUCAUGAGCUGAAAUAAUUAAAAGGCAUAGGAAGUAUGGCGUUGACAAGCGGCGAAAGAUCGGCGCUAUGGCGCAAAAGACAGAGAAAUGAUACAGAAAAACACGAAAAGUACAAGCAAAAAGAAAGAGAGCGAUAUUUGAAAAGGAAGGAAAGGGGCAAUAUAAAAUUAGUUCACGACAUGUCCGAAAGAGAAAAAAGAUCAAAGCGACGUGCAUGUAAAUAUGCAUCUGAGAUUCAGAGUGUACAUUUCGGUUCGUCAAAACGCCAAAUUUCUAUUCACACCGGUGUCGCCUAUUUCAAAUCCAAGCAUAUAUCUUUCGCAACCGUAUCGGACGAUUUGAAACACUCCCCUCCUGGAAUAUGGGCACAUCUCGAUCCUAUCCUCUUGCACAUCCGGCGGACCACUCCUGACAUCGAUAAAAUCCAUUUCGUCUCCGAUGGGCCUACCACACAAUACAGGUGUAAAUCAAAUUUCUACCUCUUUUCUACGAAAAUUUUCGAGUAUGGCUUUGUAAAUGGCGGAAGUUGGAAUUUUAUGGAGGCAGGACACGGCAAGGGCGCCCCUGAUGGUAUUGGAGCCGUAGUCAAGCGUGAGGCGGAUACACUCGUCAACACCCAUGAGACGGACAUAACGGGUGCUAGUGCUUUAAUGAGAGGUCUGGAGAAACUAGGAAGCCGUUUGAUGAUCUUCGAAGUGAAAAACGAUGACAUCACGCAACAGGAAGCUGCUAUUCCAACAAAGAUUACCGGCGUUCCAGAGACGAUGAAACUCCAUCAGGUUGUUGUCAAAGAAAGCGGGACAGUUCAGUCAAGAAUCCUGAGUUGUUUCUGUUCACUGGAUUGUUCAUGUUACCAACCGGUUACAACCAAUUUCAAUGUCCAGCCGUUUGCAAAUCCCGUACCGUUGGAUGACGACAGCAUCGUAGGUCCACAAAACGGGGCUGAUCUUCCUUGUCAGAUUCUCAAUGUACCAGUCAGUAUUGACGAGAGUCUAGUUGACAGCUAUUGUUUGGUCGAGUAUGAUAACAAACCAUAUCCAGGAAAGAUUACCGAAGUAGACGACAUCGGUGUGAAAGUUAGUGCAAUGCAUUGUGUCGGUAUCAAUCGAUAUUUCUGGCCUUUACAUAAGGACGAAUGCUGGUACGAAAAAGAUCGUAUCAUUACCAUGUUACCCUGUGAACCAGAGAAGUUGAGUGGCCGUCACCAGGCCCUACCUCUACCAAUAUGGGAGGCAGUGAAAGACAAAUAUGAUCUUUAAACAUUAUCCUUUGAUAUGAAAAUGUUUUUCGGGUUGUAUUUUUGUGUUGCAUGUACGUAAAAAUCGGGAUUAACAAUCAUUGAAUUCAUAUUCUGUUACGACUAUUGUGUCGAGUAUUAAUUGGUCAUUAUAUCAUAGUGUAUAAUGUGCCUAUUACAUACACAUGUAAUAGGCACAGUAUGCACUUUAAUUUAACGACCAAUUAAUACUUGACACAAUAGUCGUAACAGAAUAUGAAUUCAAUGAUAGUUAAUCCCGAUUUUUUGUGAUGAAUAUGCUCGAUUUAAUAAAGUUCCAAUUCCAUAUACAUUUAUAAUUGCGCUUUGUGCUUUUACUAUACUGUUUUAUUCCGAAAUUUUCUUUGUGUAACAAACAUAAAUAUCAUCCAUGUUUCUAUCAUUACCGCAACAGUUCGUCAUUUCCGUAACGCAAACUAUUUGUGAUGGAUUUAAUGAACAACGACGUUUAUAUAAGUCACUUCUUUAUGCAUUGUGCUAAAAACUAUUUAAAACAAAUACUAUCUGUCUAAAACUGGAAGCAUAACGUUCGUAAACUUGUCAAAACAGAAAAGUGUCGAUAUUUUUCGUUGCGGAAAUGAUGAUUAAAGAAAGAUAACUCUGAAAACUAUAUUUGAUAUGAAAAUAUUCUAUAUUUUCGCAACGGCAUGUUAAGGUUGACCAUACAAAUCAACACAACUUUCAAAUUUGCGGCAGACGCUUUGGAGUUUUUGAUAGGAGUAAACUGAAGGUUAGUUGCGGAAAUGACGUUGAGAUGACACUUGACUUAUUCAAAACGCUCUAUUAUGAAGAAAGGCACUUCUGAUGCACGGACAUAUAAAAAUAUCGAUUAAACAGAGACUAUUAAAUAAGACAAAUUAAUAUUGCAACACUGAAAUAACAUUCUUUAAUAAUCGUUUGCUAGAUCUUGAAUGGCAAAUUUUAUAGAAAUACCC